ACAGGGACGCUUCACUGAUUUUAGGACGUUUGAAAUUCUUCAAUUUAUAAUGUCUCUGGGAAUGUCUUACAAACCGAACCUCCAUCAGCAUGUUCCGGGAACUUCAGUGAACCAAGGUAUGGUAAAAACAGCGAUUACUGGAACUGCCCAUUCUCAGUCCCCAAGCCUAGCCACACUGCAGUCUUACAGGCCGGUUGUGAAUGACUUUGGACCACCAUCCCUGGGUUUCCCACAGGGAACUAGCGGAACACAAGUGCCCCAGAACAAAUAUGCCGAGCUUUUAGCCAUUAUUGAAGAGCUGGGUAAAGAAAUCAGGCCGACGUAUGCUGGCAGCAAGACUGCGAUGGAGAGACUAAAGAGAGGCAUCAUUCAUGCCAGGGGUCUGGUGCGUGAGUGCUUGGCAGAAACGGAGCGAAAUGCCAGGUCCUAACAGAUAAACCUGUCCGACUCAAACUUAUUCCACCCGCAGUCCUACGCCACCCAGUGAAGAGGCUCUCUCCAGCACCGUAGCUUCUGUGAAAAGAUCAUUGCCCUUUCCAUUCUAAGGGCCUUAAGAGAAAGCGCAGUGCCUCUGGACAGUCCACAUCCCUCUCUGUGAAUUUGAAUGAGAACUUUAUUUCAGUUACACAAAUGCACACAAACACAUACACUACUCCCAUUUUUAUAGGGGAACAAAUUUUACCCUGGACAUCUGAGAUCAGCAAACGAUAACCGUGAGUGAAUACUUGAGUACAUGUGGCCAAGUAUGAGUUAAUCAGCGUUUACAGCAGUUACAGCAGGUUAAUCAGCGUUUACAGCAGUUACAUCAGGUUGGUUCUUUUGAUAGCUCUCUGCCACCUCAGUGCGAUAUUUUCCGAGUGAUUCUAAAUUCUCUCAGAUAUAAUUCUAAGUGUUUCUUAGAAUCUGGUUCGGCCAAGCUGUUUCAAUUUGUAUGUUUUUUUUUCCCUGGUUGUUUUGAACUUGUAGGGUUGAAUAAGCAAAAAAAUGAAUGCAAUUUUAGUUCCAGGCUAAAAGGCGACGGAAAUAAUCUUUAUAAAAGGGGGUGUUGACUUUCUAUGGGCAGUGUACUUUAAAAAGAGUUGAACAAUGUAGCAGGACAUGGAGAAGAAAAGGGAGAGAGUCUGAGUUGUACUUGACAGGAACUUCCUGAAUUUUUUUAUGUUCCCAUUUGGGAAUAUUGUAAUUUCUCUAGUGCUUCUAAAAUGUUUAAAAGGCAAACUUUGCAUGUUACAUUUUAAUGCCCUUUUGUUAGUUAAAACUGCAUGACUUUAGGAUCCUUUAAAAUGCAAAAAAAAAAAAAAAAAAAAAGAUAGUGCCAAACACA